UGCCGCGUUGCAAUUUACGACAAUGUUGUUUCACAUUGCAGCCGCGGCAGUGUUAACGAAUAUCGCGUUUUUAGAAAUCUAUACGUUGUAUGAUAUACCGAAAAUCGAAGAUAUUUCGUUUCUAUCGGAUAAGCAUUUAACCAGUAGUGCCAUCUUUAAAAAUAUUCAAAAAUACUCAAACUUGGCGUACAUUACCGACAACAAGAAUCCUCUACAGCGAGUGUUCGUGUAUGGAACACUAAAACGGGGAGAACCCAAUCACUGUUUGAUUCAAGACACUGAAAAUGGUUAUGCAAAAUUCUUGGGACUUGGAAGGACUACUAUUCCAUAUCCGUUAAUAAUUGCAACUGAUUAUAAUAUACCAUUUUUGUUGAAGAAACCUGGUUUUGGUCACCAUGUUUUCGGUGAAGUAUAUGAUGUCGAUUCAAAAAUGUUAAAAAAAUUAGACGAAUUAGAAGAACAUCCAGCUUUUUAUAAACGAUCAGAAGAAAAUAUAUUAUUUGCUCCAGAAUCUAAAGUCAAAUCGAUGGAUAAAUUUGAAGAGGUCAGUACCUUGAUAAAGGUAUGGAUAUAUUUUCUACCAAAGUUCAAGACAUCCUUAUUAGAAAAACCCAUGUACAAUUCGUAUAGCAACGAAGGAAGCCACGGACUCAAGUAUUGCGAAAAGUAUGUUCGCGAUGCCUCGUACAAUCACAGAAGCGAAGUUCAGUGAUACUUUAUCCUCUGAAAUAUAUUUGUUUCCAGCGAGGAGAGUACAAUAAGGCCGGAAGACCUGUUCUGACCAAGUUUUGCAUAUGUUGCUGCUUCGUUAUAAAAAUUCAACAUUAUGCUGUUAAUUCUAGUUAAUAAAAGAUUAAAAGAAUAGUUAAUAAAAGAUUUUUCGUCAAAUGAAAAUAUUAGAACUUAAUCCUCUGCAAUUUAAAAUGUUUUUUUUAUGACAAAGAAUGAGCUUUCUUAUCGAAUUUCUUUCUUUCUUAAAGACAUUUCAAAACUGCAUAGGAUUAAAUCAUAUCUUAUGUUAAUUUCCAUCACGAUGAAUUAUUAACAAACGAAGCGACAUUGUGCUUUUUAUAAAGCGAAUUAAUUGUUAAAAGAAUAUUUUGAAACUUCAUGUAACAAUCAAAAAUGUACCUAAUACUGUAACACUUAUAUAUAUACAUUCUCGAAAAUAUAUCUUGUACAGCAUAAUGUAUUAUUAUUUGCAAAAAACAGUUUUUCUUUUCUUUUCUCUUUUUUUUAUUAUUCAUUUCACAGAAAUUGGGCACGAGUAUUGCGAGUUGCAUUUAGUUGAGAUGUGUAUAAUGAAAUGAAAUAAAAACAAAAAAUGUUAUUAGAAAUAAAUUUCAUAUGUUCACUCUA